AUGGACCUGGUCCCGGAGAUGAAGAGGAAUAGGUUCCCCAGCAUGAACUUUGAAGCAGAGAUUCUGACAGCUCCACACGAUAAUUCAGAGCUAUAUGUGAUCCCUUCCAUGAGAAGCCUCACAGUCGAGGAGUAUGUAGAAGCCUUUAAGUCAUUUUUGGAUCAUUCAACAGAGCACCAGUGCAUGGAUGAGUUCAACAAGAAAGAAAUGCCCAACAUCAUGGCUGGUUUCGGCAAUGGAAAAUCGACUAUAAAUGUUCUGGGAGUUGGAAGUGGCACAGGUGAGCAGGAUUUGAAAAUGGUCAGGAUACUGCAGGCUGUGCACCCGGGGGUCUUUAUUGACAACGAAAUCAUAGAGCCCAACCCACAGCACGUGGCAGCUUACAAAGAGUUGGUGAAUCAAGCUCCAGACCUGCAGAAUGUCUCUUUUAUUUGGCACCAGCUCACUUCCUUGGAGUAUGAACAACAGGUGAAAGAGAAAGGUGCACAUAAGAAAUUUGACUUCAUCCAUAUGAUCCAGAUGCUGUACCGUGUGGAAGAUAUUCCCAAUACUAUCAAGUUUUUCCACAGCUGCCUUGAUCAUCAUGGUAAACUCCUGAUCAUAAUUUUAUCAGACAGUAGCGGAUGGGCCAGCUUAUGGAAGAAGUACAGACACUGCUUGCCUUCCACCGACAGCGGCCACUACAUCACCUCCAGUGGCAUCACAGAUGUUUUGAAGAGACUGGGUGUUGAAUACCGCGUUUAUGAGUUCCCAUCAGGCUGGGAUAUCACUGAGUGCUUUAUCGAGGGAGACCCGGUUGGAAUCUGCAUGAUGGAUUUCCUGACCGGGACAAAAAACUUCCUGGGCACGGCCCCCCCGGGGCUGCGGCGGCAGCUGCAGGAGGCUCUCUGCCAGCCCGAGUGCAGCAGCAAGAAGGAUGGGAGGAUCAUCUUCAGCAACAACUUGAGUAUGAUUGUGGUUGAAUCCUAG